UCUGUUACUAUUAUUAAUAAUGCUAAUAGCUUCAAAGAUGGAUGGGUAUUAUCCCCAUCUUAGAGAUGAAAAAACUAAGACCAGACAUGUUAAGUGACUUGCCUAAGGAGAUAUAUAUAGUGAGAACUGCCAGAGCUGGGGUUUGAACCCAGGCUUGUCUGACUCUAAAGCCUUUGCCCUUAAAAAAAAUGUCAUCCUGCCAUGUUCCCGCUGGGGUCACCUCACUUACCAAACUCACAAGGAAGCUCUCCUUUACAUCAGAAUUCAUGCAUGCUUCCAUUUGACCGAUGUUUACUAAGAUCCUACCAUGUACCAGACCCUUUGCCAACCUACCAGUUUCCAAAAAGAGCUAUGCCUUCCCAGCACCAGAACACUCGUGCCCACCUUCCUGGCCAUGGGUUUGUGGUGUCUCAGCAUCCACUGGAGACUGACCAGUGAGUGUGGCCUCAGAGAAGAGGGAUUGGAUGGGUCUGAGUGACAUUCCACCCCAGCCAUGGUGACACCUGCUAGACUGUGCCCAGCCCACUCGGUACACACUCCCAGAGGGAAUACCUCAGGUUCUGGGUGAUGCAGUACUAAUCCUCAAAGGUCCUUAUUCUGCAGCCACCCUCUUGGCUAAUGCCAUCUUUCUUCAGACAGGUGACAGCACCGUUCACUAAGCCAGAGCUUUUUUACAUGGUCAGUCAUAUUCUCUAAUGAGGACACUCCAUCGUCUUGGCUGGUUGGGAGUCCCCAGCUCCUGGGAGGACUGCUUCAGGACCCAUCACCCCCCAGCCCACAGCAUUCUAAGAAGUCUGAGAUGCUCUGGUAGUGCCCUGUGGGUUGUGCCCCCUUCCCCCUUCUCCUUCACCAUCUCUAGUGCCCAGUGGUACCCAACCACCUUACCAGGAGCCCACCAAGUGCCAGGCCUAUGCGCUCAGAAGCAUCUGGGCCCCAGACCUCAUUCUGGAAUGGGACUGAGCUGCCCUCUCUCUCUCUUCCACGCCUGCUCUGCCUCACCCUGUGGCUGUGAGUGUGUGUGUGUGUGUGUGUGUGUGUGUGUGUGUAUGUGUUUUGUUCCAAUAACUUGCUGGGAACAAGGGAGAAACACAACAAACCCUGCGCUUCACUCUAACUGUGGAGCACCCGCGCUGGGCUGCAUGGGGACUGGCUGGAGGGGGAGGGCCGGGGAGGGGGUAGGCAGAGCUUCAGGAGGAGAUGAGGUGAAAGUAAUUGAUGCUGCCCAGCCAGCAGUGGAGGAGGCAGGGGAUGCGUCAGUGUCGCCCGGAGCCGGCAGAGGUGUGAAUGAGAGGGGACACGCACACGCCCGCCAAGUGCUCACCCUGGGAUGGCCGCGACUCAGGGACCUGUGGCCCCCUCCUCCCCAGAACAGAAUGGUGCUGUGCCCAGUGAGGCCACCAAGAAGGACCAGAACCUCAAACGAGGCAACUGGGGCAACCAGAUCGAGUUUGUACUGACGAGCGUGGGCUAUGCCGUGGGCCUGGGCAAUGUCUGGCGCUUCCCGUACCUCUGCUAUCGCAACGGGGGAGGCGCCUUCAUGUUCCCCUACUUCAUCAUGCUCACCUUCUGUGGGAUCCCACUGUUCUUCAUGGAGCUCUCCUUCGGCCAGUUUGCAAGUCAGGGCUGCCUGGGGGUGUGGAGGAUCAGCCCCAUGUUCAAAGGUGUGGGCUACGGCAUGAUGGUGGUGUCCACAUAUAUCGGCAUCUACUACAACGUGGUCAUCUGCAUCGCCUUCUACUACUUCUUCUCGUCCAUGACGCCCGUGCUGCCCUGGGCCUACUGCAGUAACCCCUGGAACACGCCCGACUGCGCCGGCGUGCUGGAUGCCUCCAACAUCACCAAUGGCUCCCGGCCUCCCGCCCUGCCUGGCAACCUCUCCCACGCGCUCAACCACACCCUCCAGAGGACCAGCCCCAGCGAGGAGUACUGGAGGCUCUAUGUGCUGAAGCUGUCAGAUGACAUCGGAAACUUCGGGGAGGUGCGACUGCCGCUCCUUGGCUGCCUGGGUGUCUCCUGGGUGGUCGUCUUCCUCUGCCUCAUCCGAGGGGUCAAGUCUUCAGGGAAAGUGGUAUACUUUACGGCCACAUUUCCCUAUGUGGUGCUGACCAUCCUGUUCAUCCGUGGCGUGACCCUGGAAGGAGCCUUCACGGGCAUCAUGUACUACCUGACCCCACAGUGGGACAAGAUCCUGGAGGCCAAGGUCUGGGGGGAUGCCGCCUCCCAGAUCUUCUACUCGCUGGGCUGCGCGUGGGGCGGCCUCAUCACCAUGGCUUCCUACAACAAGUUCCACAACAACUGUUACCGGGACAGCGUCAUCAUCACCAUCACUAACUGUGCCACCAGCGUCUACGCCGGCUUUGUCAUCUUCUCCAUCCUGGGCUUCAUGGCCAGUCACCUGGGCGUGGACGUGUCGCGCGUGGCAGACCACGGCCCUGGCCUGGCCUUCGUAGCAUACCCUGAGGCCCUCACCCUGCUACCCAUCUCCCCGCUCUGGUCCCUGCUCUUCUUCUUCAUGCUCAUCUUGCUGGGGCUGGGCACUCAGUUCUGCCUCCUAGAGACGCUGGUCACGGCCAUUGUGGAUGAGGUAGGGAAUGAGUGGAUCCUGCAGAAAAAGACUUAUGUGACCUUGGGCGUGGCUGUGGCUGGCUUCCUGCUGGGCAUCCCCCUCACCAGCCAGGCAGGCAUCUACUGGUUGCUGCUGAUGGACAACUACGCGGCCAGCUUCUCUUUGGUCGUCAUCUCCUGCAUCAUGUGUGUGUCCAUCAUGUACAUUUACGGGCACCACAACUACUUCCAGGACAUCCAGAUGAUGCUGGGAUUCCCACCGCCCCUCUUCUUCCAGAUCUGCUGGCGCUUCGUCUCUCCAGCUAUCAUCUUUUUCAUUCUCAUCUUCACGGUGAUCCAGUACCAGCCAAUUACCUACAACCACUACCAGUAUCCAGGCUGGGCUGUGGCCAUCGGCUUCCUCAUGGCUCUGUCCUCUGUCAUUUGCAUUCCACUCUACGCCCUGUACCAGCUCGGCCGCACAGAUGGGGAUACCCUCCUCCAGCGUCUGAAAAAUGCAACCAAGCCAAGCAGAGACUGGGGGCCCGCCCUCCUGGAGCACCGAACGGGGCGCUAUGCCCGCACCAUUCCACCCUCUCCUGAAGACGGGCUUGAGGUCCAGCCGCUGCACCCAGACAAGGCCCAGAUCCCCACGGUGGGCAGUAAUGGCUCCAGCCGUCUGCAGGACUCCCGGAUAUGAGCACAACUGCCGGGGGAGUGCCCCACCCCCGCCCCGUGCUCCCGCCACAGAGACUGGGGAGGCGGUGGACAGGUGUCACCGCCUGCCCCUCCACGCCCGGACCAGGGCGGCUCCUGUCACCUUGGCCACCACUGCUAGCGUGGUCAUUCGUGCUCGUGUCCCUAGUGUUUACAGGUCCUUUGGAUGCCAAGAUGGCAGCUGGGGGGCGUGAGUGAUGGGAGGGUUGCUGGGGGGCCCAAAGCACUUUGGAGGGGUCUCAGGCCAGGUCCCCGGAGGCAGCUGGACAUUAUUUGGCCUCUGAUGCCCCCACACGUUGCCCUGAGCUAAGGUUCCGGGUGGGCCCCCUACCUGUCCCCCUCCCUGAGCCUUCAGCCUCCUGACCAGUGUUCCUGCCCCCAGGAGCAGACCCCAGCCUCUGCCCAGGCAGGUUUGGAUCUUCCUACCUGGAAGCAGGGUAAGGGGCUAGGGGGCUGUGCAGUGUUACAUGUCAGGCUGUAACCCCAGCCCUGUUUGUCUGUGUAAUUAUUUUUGUAAAAAUUGUAUUAUCUGUGGUUGCCACCCCCUUGCCCUUGGCCUCGGGCCCAAUCUGUCUUCCAGGCCUGCCUGCACCUCACUCAGCUGCUCUGGGGUCUCUGCGCCGCCUCCCAGCACUGGCUGUAGGGCCAGCCAGCAGAGGCCCAUGACCCAACAGCCUGCCCAAAGAACUCGUUUCUGGGGAAAGGGGUAGGGUGAUGUUCAGCAGGAGGCUUGAGCCCAGAGCCCUGGAGAAGGGGACCCUACGUGACACCCCCUUGCCCUCCCUCUGCCAGGCUAAAGGCCCAGUCUUCCCAAAAUGGGCUGCCCUUGUUCACGUGCCAAAUGGCCCCAGCCGGCGUGCCCCACCCCCUCUCUGGAGCCAGAGCUCCUUCCCCCAAGCCCUGCAGUAUCCGUUUGUCCAUCCUCUGUACCCCUCUGUGCAGUGACAACCCCGGAAGAGCCGCCUCUAAUCCUCUGUAGCAAUAACGGUGCGCAGCCCACCCCUGCCCAUCCGUGCACCACUAGGAUUUUAAAGUCCAUAGAUUUUAAUGAAAUUUCUAUUCCCGUCUCUGA